CCACCAGAGACCACCAGAGACCAUCAGAUACCACCAGAGACCAUCAGAUACCAUCAGAGACCAUCAGAUGACUCAGCUCAACAUGUUCCUGGUCUUCUUUGUAGUUUUUUUUCCAGUAGCUCGGCUCCAGAAGAUCCAGGACCCCCAGGAGAUCCUGGACCCCCAGGAGAUCCAGGACCUCCAGGAGAUCCAGGAGCUCCAGGACCCCCAGGACUUCCAGGACCUUAAAGACCUCCAGGACCCUCGGGACCUUAAGGAUCUCUCGGAUUUAAAUGAUAUUCAGGAUUUCCAUGACCCCUGGGACCCCAAUGACCCCUGGGACCCCAAUGACCCCUUGGACCCCAGAGACUUCCAGGACCCCCAGAAUCCUCAGGACCUCCAGGACCCCCAGGACUUCCAGGACCCUCGGGACCUCCAGGACCCCCAGUAUGUCCAGGACCCCCAGGAGCUCCAGGACCCUCGGGACCUCCAGGAGCGCCAGGACCAGGACCCCCAGGACCAGGACCAGGACCAGUGCCCCCCUGGCUCCUGUACCCCCCCUCUAGGAGACCUGAUGGUGGGUCGAGCUGCUCAGCUGUCAGCCUCCUCCACAUGUGGUCUGGAGGGCCCAGAGAACUACUGCAUCCUGGGAUACCUGGAGGAGGAUCAGAAGUGUUUCCUGUGUGACUCUCGGCUGCUGUACAGUAGCUAUAGCAACCCAGACAGCCACCGCGUGGAGAACCUGAUCACGACCUUCGACCCCGACAGGAAGCUGAGGUGGUGGCAGUCUGAGAACGGAGUUCACGGGGUCAGCGUCAGGCUGGAUCUGGAGACCGUGUUCCAGUUCAGUCACCUGGUGCUCACCUUCAAGAGCUUCCGUCCGGCGGCCAUGCUGGUGGAGCGCUCGCAGGACUUCGGGCGUAGCUGGAAAGUUUUCCGGUAUUUCUCCGAAGACUGUUCCCUUCACUUCCCCUCUGUGUCCAAUCAGCCGGCCGGAGGCAUCGAGGACGUGGUGUGUGACGGGAGAUACUCAGGUCCAGAGCCCUCCACCGAGGGGGAGGUGGUGCUGAAGGCUCUGGAUCCCAUCUUUCACAUAGAGAACCCGUACGCUGCCAACGUCCAAGACCUGAUCACCCUCACUAAUAUCCGGGUGAAUUUCACGCGUCUCUUCACGCUGGGCGACACGCUGAGCCGGCGCCGCAGGAACCCGCGGGACAAAUAUUACUACGCUGUGUACGACAUGGUGGUGAGAGGAAGCUGCUUCUGCCACGGACACGCCCACCGCUGCAGGCCAGUGGGCGGGAGGCGGGGGGAUGUCUUCACCCAGAGCGGCAUGGUCCACGGUCAGUGUGUCUGUCAGCACAACACGGCCGGAGAGAACUGUGAGAGAUGCCGGGACUUUCACCACGACUCCCCCUGGAGGCCGGGAGGAGCAACCACCGCCGGGCUCUGCAGGAGGUGUCACUGCCACGGUCACUCGGACUCGUGUCACUUCGACGCCGCUCGCUUCGAGGCGACGGGCGGAGCGAGCGGCGGCGUGUGUGACGCCUGCCGCCACCAGAGGGCGGGGCCUGAGUGUGAGCUGUGUGGAGACUUCCUGUAUCGAGACCCUCAGAGAGCGCCAGAAGACCCACACGCCUGCAUACCCUGUGACUGCGACCCGGCUGGAUCUCUCUCCGGCGGGCUGUGUGAGGCGGCGAGCGGUCGAUGCGUCUGUAAAGAAAACAUAGAGGGGCGACGCUGCGACAGCUGCAAGCCCGGGUUCUUCAACCGGAGACAGGACGACCCCGCCGGCUGCCAGGCAUGCGGAUGUCAUGUUUUGGGAAGUCUCUCAUGUGACCAGCUGACAGGAAGCUGUGAAUGUGACCAUCUGGCGAGAGGACCGCUUUGUGAUCAAUGUCCGGCAGGUUUCUGGGGUUUGGGGGUCUCGGGCUACAGGUGUUCCCCCUGCGACUGUGAUAUCGGUGGAGCUCACAGCACCACCUGUUCUCCGGAGGACGGUCAGUGUCAGUGUUUGCCCAACAUGGGGGGGCGCCACUGCUCCGAGCCCACCGCCGGCUACUUCCUGCCUCCUCUGGACUACUUCCUGUACGAGGCGGAGCUCGCCGCUCCACUGCAGGGAUCUCCUCCACCUCCUCCACCUCCUCCACCUUCUACCCAGUUGAGCCCGCUGGUGUUGCCGCGCUGUGAGCAGAUUUACCGAGAGCAGGGUUACGACUUUAAGGUCCGUGAUGGAGUGGUGGUUCUGGUCCGGAGGACUCGACGUGCCGGCCGCCGGAGGAGACAGAACCUUCCUCUGGAGCCGGGCCACGCCCUGCAGAUCAUCCCCCGUCAGAGGGCCGCGGGUCAGCUGAUCACCUGGACCGGCCUGGGAUUCGUCAGAGUGCUGGAGGGGGCGGGACUUAGGUUUACUGUGGACAACCUCCCAUCGUCCAUGGAUUACCAGCUCGUGAUUCGCUACGAGCCUGAGUCUCCAUCUGAUUGGCUGGCUUCAAUCAGCGCCAUUGCAGGGUCGCCAGGCAACGGCGGCUGCAGAGGCGACCCACAAGGAAGUAGAACUCUGAUCCUUCCUGGAAACUCCAGAGGGGGGGUUCUGGACUCUCCGCUGUGUCUGAACGCUGACGCUCGGUACCUCGUGGACGUCGUCUUUAACAAACAGCCUGACGGCUCCAACAGCAACGGCAUCCUGAUCGACUCGAUGGGUUUGAUCCCCAGCAUCGAGUCGGUCCAGGACUUCUGUUCACAGACCGACCUCGACUCUUUCCGCCGCUUCCGCUGCAUCGGAUUGGCCGCUGAGCUCGACCCUCAGGAGGGGCUGCCGGAGGUUUGUGAAGGACUCGUGAAGAGCAUGUCGGCAAGGAUCCACCGCGGAGCCGUCCGCUGCAGGUGUAACGCUGCCGGUUCCCUCAGUCCGUCCUGCAGUAAACUGGGAGGAGUCUGUGAAUGUAAACCCAAUGUGAUUGGCCGUUGCUGUGAUGCCUGUGCUCCGCUGACGUUUGGCUUUGGACCCGACGGCUGCCAACCCUGUGAGUGCCACGCUGCUGGUUCUGAUCCGCUCUGUGAGCAAGUCAGAGGUCAGUGUUCCUGUCGGAGAGACGUCGCAGGCCGGCGGUGUGAUCGCUGCCGCAAAGGAUUCUGGGGAUUCCCGCUCUGUCGACCCUGUGAGUGCAACGGCCUGUCGGACGAGUGUGAGGAAGACACAGGAGAGUGUGUGGAGUGCAGGGAGGACGCCGCGGGGCCACACUGCGACAGGUGCAUGGAGGGUUUUUAUGGCGACCCGGUCUCCAGGCGGCCCUGUGAGCCCUGCCUGUGUCCUGGCGUUCAGGGCAGCGGACGAUUCUUCGCCACUUCCUGCCGACCCGACCCAGAAUCCCUCAGUCUGAGCUGUGACUGCAGGCCAGGCCACGCAGGCCCGCGCUGUGACAGGUGCAGCCCUGGUUUCUAUGGCGACCUGCGGUCUCCGGGCGCCGGCUGUGAACGUUGUCUCUGCAACAACAACAUCGCCCCGGAGGAGCGAGAUGCCUGCGACGCCGUGACAGGGGUCUGUCAGCGCUGCCUGCACGGCACGGGGGGCGAGCACUGCCAGACCUGCAGAGCGGGGUACUACGGGGACGCCCUGCUGCAGGACUGCAAAGAAUGCACCUGUGAGCGGCGGGGCACGGAGGUGACUCAGUGUCCGGAGGGCAGUCCCUGUGUCUGUGACCCCCAGACGGGCCAGUGCCCCUGCAGGGGGGGGGUGCAGGGCGUCCUCUGUGACCAGUGUGAGGACGAAUACUGGAACCUGGGGGGGGGCACGGGGUGCCAGCCCUGCAGCUGCGACACCGCCAACGCCUUCUCCAACACCUGCAACAAGGUGACGGGGCAGUGUCCGUGCCAUGCUGAGUUCGGAGGAAGACAGUGUGACGAAUGUGGAGAAAACCACUUUGGGAAUCCGGACCUGCAGUGUUUCUCGUGCGACUGUAACCUGGAGGGCACGGAGCCCCCGUCCUGCGACCCUGAGACCGGAGAGUGCCUCUGCAGGGAGGGGGUCUCGGGGAUCUUCUGUGAUGAGUGUUCUCCGGGGUACGACUCUGCGUUCCCACUCUGCGCUCCGUGCCACGCCUGCAGAGCGCUGUGGGCGCAGCAGGUGGAGGACGUGCAGCGUGCCGCUCACACCAUGAGGAGCUUCAUCCCUUGCCAUGACGACGAGCGGCCCACAGGCGGUCGCCCCGAGCAACGGAUGCUGCAGCUGCAGGCGGAGCUGCAUCUCCUCGGCAACCUGACGGGCGACGCCCCCCCCCGGGUGGAGCAGGUGGAGCAGCUGAGAGCGAGGGUCGGGAAGCUGCAGGACGGUCUGGACCAGAACCGGAUCCUAAUGGACCCGUCCACUCUCCUCCACACAGAGCUGGACAACAUUGGUCUGGAGUUCAAGAAGCUGCUGAACAACCUGAAGGAUAAAACCUUUACGGAUCAGACCGCCGGAGACAUGGAGGACGAGGAGGGGCUGCUGGAUGAGAUCCAGAACCAGCACGGGUCCUUCCUAUUGGACGAGAAGAAGGUGAGAAAGGCCAUCACAGCUGUGGAGGAAUCCAUGGACACCAGACAGGAAGUGAAGCGCCGACUGAGCGCCUGCAGCCGAUCAGACCCGGAGCCUCUGGAGAGGAGGGUCCUGGAUCUGAGGGUGGGAGACCUCAACCGGAGGGUCUGCGGCGCUUCAGGUCGCGACGGGUGCUCAGGAUGUGGCGGCGCUCUGUGUGCUCUGGACCUUGGGGGAAGGAAAUGUGGCGGACCAAACUGUGACGGAGCGUUUCCUGUCAGUCAGGAAGCUUCAGAGACGGCAGAGGGAGUGAAGGACAAACUCAGCACACUGCCAAAGUCCCUGCAGGACGCCAACACCAAGAUGGAUGAUGCCACACGGGAGGCUCAGCUCACCAGAGGAAAGGCCAAAGACCUCCAGGACCAGGUCAACAGCAACAUCGACUCCCUCCAGAGAGAGAAAGAUAAAACCAAGGCGCUCCUCCAGCGCGUCAGAGACUACCUGAUGGACGAGAUGGUUCCUCCAGAGGACAUAGAGAAAAUGGCCCGCGCUGUUCUGGACAUCAAGCUGCCGAGAUCCCCGUAUCAGAUCCGAUCACUGAUCAAUGACAUCAACAAUCUGCUGUUCAACACCAGUAGCCACCAAGACAGCCUGGAGAACCUGGAGGAUCACGCCAGGACGGCCCAGGACCUUCUGAAGGAUGCCCGGGAACUCAAGGAGCGGACGGAGAUGGUGGACCUGAGCGGGAUCAGUCGAGAUCUCUAUGAAGCGGAGCGAGCUCAGGACAAAGCCAACGACCAGCUGGACGCCUCCACUGGGGACAGGGACCGGACCAGAGACCAGAUCCAAGACAUGAGAGACAAACUGGAGGACAUGGAGACGAAGCUGAUGAGCUGGAGACCUGAAGACCUGCAGGACCAAAUCCAGGCCCUGAAGGAGAAGACGGAUCAGAACCGAGAGACAGCAGGAGGCGCUGGAGAGACCACUGAGAGCGCCGUCAAGCAGAACGCCGACACGCAGCCGCAGCUGGACCGGGUUCUGAGUCUCUUUGAGGUUCUGCAGCUGAGGAACAGGAACCAGAAGGGGGGAGACGCAGAACGUCUGAAGAACCUGCUGCAGGAGGCCGAGGACAUGAAGACGCUGCUGCAGGACAAACUCAAGCAGAUACAAGGUAUAGAGCAGAGGAUGGAGGAGCUCCUGAGGAACAGAUCAGAUCGAGCGGCUCAGGUCUCAAAUCUGCUGCUCGAUGCCGACAAUCUGAGGCGAGAGAUCUUCAGACGAGCCGAAGGAUACGCCAUCUGUACUUCAUAAUACUACUGAGUACUACUGAGUACUACUGAGUACUACUGAGUACUUCAUAAUACUACUGAGUACUACUGAGUACUACUGAGUACUACAGAGUACUUCAGAUGAAUACAUAGUACUACAGAGUACUACACACUGGUGUAUUUGUGGGUGUGUACACGUUGUUACUGUUAAAGUAUAAUUUACAGAUUGUACUCCUUCGUUUCUUUAAACUUGAUGCUUCACACUAACUAUGAGUACAGAAUAUAUUUUAAUCUUCAGAACUCAUAGCCCUGACUGUGUUGUAUGUACUGCGUACUGAGUACUGAGUACUGAGUACUCAGUACGCAGUACUGAGUACGCAGUACGCAGUAUGGGUAUGCUGUGUAUGACUGUGAUUUUACAAUAAAAUAUAA